AUGGCCCUGAGGAAUUAUACCAGGGUGCCUGAAUUUAUUUUCUGUGGACUAACCCAGUCUCAAGAGCUGAGCUUGCUCUUAUUUUUCUUUUUAUCUAUGGUCUAUGUGACAACUGUGUUAGCCAAUGUUGCCAUCAUGGUCACUGUCACCUAUGAGUCUUGCCUUCACACUCCCAUGUACUUUCUACUACGCAAUCUCUCUGUCUUGGACAUCUGCUUCUCCUCCAUCACUGCUCCCAAGGUCCUAGUAGACCUUCUCUCAAAGAGAAAGACCAUCUCUUUUGAUGGUUGUAUCACACAGAUGUUUUUCUUUCACCUCCUCGGUGGGGCAGACAUUUUUUCUCUCUCUGUGAUGGCAUUUGAUCGUUACAUGGCCAUCUCCAAGCCCCUGCACUAUGUGACCAUCAUGAGUAGGGGGCGGUGCACUGCACUCAUUGUGGCCUCCUGGGUGGGGGGCUUUGUCCACUCCAUUGUACAGAUUUCCUUGUUGCUCCCACUCCCCUUUUGUGGACCCAAUGUUGUUGAUGGCUUCUACUGUGAUGUCCCUCAGGUCCUCAAACUUGCCUGCACUGACACCUUUGCUAUUGAGCUCCUGAUGAUUUCCAACAAUGGUCUGGUCACUACCCUGUGGUUUGUGCUUCUCCUGGUGUCCUACACUGUCAUCUUGUUGAUGCUGAGGUCUCACACUGGCGAUGGCAGGAGGAAAGCCAUCUCCACCUGCACAGCCCACAUCACUGUGGUGACCCUGCACUUUGUGCCCUGCAUCUAUGUCUAUGCCAGGCCCUUCACUGCCCUCCCCAUCGACAGAGCCGUCUCCAUCACCUUCACCGUCAUCUCCCCUGUUCUGAACCCCUUGAUCUACACCCUGAGGAACCAGGAGAUGAAGUCAGCCAUGAAGAGACUAAAGAGAAGACUUGGAGCUUCCAAAAGAGGAAUCGAUGCCAUGAAGUGCAGAUGGGGAAGUCAGAACUGA